UUGUCGCUCGUACCGUUGUCGGGCAUGCACGUUGGGAACGGAAAAACGACGUUUCUUGUUUCGUCUUUGCCGCGAUCGAAUGGACGGACAGCCGAACGAAUAAACGGUCUUAAAACUCUUAGCUUCCUUUUGUCGCUCCUCGGAUAUUUAUUCGUACUUGUUAUUCCUUAACGAAGCCUACCUUUAAUAGGUUAAAAUUAAAUUUAGAUAAAUUCUUAGAUACGUCGUAAAAGUAUUCGGUUAAAAGUCUUGCGUUGGCGUAUAUACAAGCACUUGUCGCUCAUGAAAUGAGGUGUUAUUUUUUCUGCAACGAUUUCGAUUUUCCCAACGAUCUCGCAGAUAUUACAUUUGUUUAUAUUUUAAAAGAUGUUGUGUCGCGAUGGAAAGUUGAGUUUGUUUUGCUUUAGCAUAGCUCUUCUCGUCGCACUCUUACCGGAAUUAUUUUCGAGGUUAGAAUUCGAUAUUUAUAGCAAAUAUUUUCAAAACGUCUUGUUCGUGCAUUUUCUUCAGUAUGGUUUUUCGAAUUUCAUUUUGCUCCUUCUCUUCGGUGGAUUUGAAUAUCAGGUCGCAUUGAGAUCCACGUUUUUAGGAUAUGUAGUUGGUGUUGCAAUUACGAUAUUUUCUAUCGCUUCGCCUUCCUGGCGAAUGUUUGGCGUUUAUAUGGCAGUAAUAGCUAUAUUCCAUUACACCGAAUUUUUAGCUAUAGCGUGGACAAAUCCUUCGUCGUUGUCUAUAGAUAGCUUCGUUCUUAAUCACAGUGUCUCGUACGGCAUAGCCGCGUGUUCUAGUUGGAUCGAAUUCGUCAUAGAGAGGUACUACUUCCCCGAAAUGAAAAUGGCCUCUUCCGUUUCCUAUAUCGGCUUAAUAUUAUCCACUUUGGGAGAACUAUUAAGAAAAAGCGCCAUGUUUACGGCUAAACAUAAUUUUAAUCAUAUUGUGCAAAGCGCGAAGAAGAGGAAUCACGAACUAAUAACGCAUGGUAUUUAUGGAAUAUUUAGACAUCCGAGUUACGUCGGAUGGUUUUAUUGGGCCAUUGGAACUCAGUUGAUACUCCAAAAUCCAUUUUGCGUUUUGGCAUAUACGGUGGCUUCUUGGAGAUUUUUCCACGAUCGUAUUCUUAUAGAAGAAAUAACGUUGUUGAACUUUUUUGGCGAAGCAUACGCUGAAUACCAAGGAAAAGUACCUACCGGACUACCAUUUAUAUCUGGCUAUAAAAUUAAUUUAUAGCAAGCUAUAGAUGUCUAGUCGAACCGCAUAUUUGGAUGCCGAUACAUCAAUUUUAACGCGUCUUUCAAUGCGUAUCUAUAUAUAGUACUUAUAACGCUAUGCCGUUAUAAGUUUUUCUUUGUUUUCUUUCUUUCCCUUUUUUUUUUUUUGUAAAUAUAAUAUUCCAUGUAUUAUAUUUUUUAUAUAGUUUUGCUUAUUUAUUUCUUCAACUGGUAACUCGUACCGAAAAGUCAAACCAACGAUUUCGCGGAAAUUUGUUGUUUUGCAUUUGUAUGAGAUUUGCUGCAAGUUAAAAUUCCAACGUUAAUAUAUCAUAUUGACACGAGACUGGAAUAAACUGAUUUAUUUGUUAACAAAAUUAUAUUUAUUGUCUCAUACACACACAACAUACACACACACCCACACUCACGUAGACAUAUAUUUUUUUAUAAUAUUAUUUUUUAACAACGCAAGCUACAUUUUAAUCGUGUUAUGUACUUUCAGUUUAUAAAUUUACAUAUGUAAUACAUCAUGUAAGUCGUGUUAGCAUUUGCAUCGACAUUAAUAAGCAUUUUCUCAGUGUUAAAUUACGGCGCAAACUGUGUUAAAUUGUAAUUGCGUGUUAAAUUUUUUAUACGUAGAUUUUUACGAUAUAUUGGAGGAUUAAAAUAUCUUGUGUUGACAAAGAUAACAUUAACGUAUUUGUCCUCUAUGAAAUUUAUCUUUUAAGCUAUUGCAAAACAAAUUCUGUUUUAUUUAUUAUACAUAAAAUAAUAGAGAUAUACAGAGUUAUGAGGAAAUAGUAAAAUAGAUAAUUGUUAAUUAAAGUAGACAGAGAGAGAUCGUAGACUUUUUGGCCUAUCUCUGUUCCAGCACGAUAUUUGAUCGAUUCUUCUUUAGAAUUAUAGAAUAUGUAAAUUGUAAGAAUAUUAAUUACAAGAGUAAAUUAUUCACUUUUAUUUUCA